AUGGCGACACAAAGAGUGGUCCAGUUAGUACGUCUUGGGCGUAUGCCAUAUGGCACGACCUUAAAAAUACAAAAUGAGCUGGUACAAAGACACUUGGAAACAAGAGAGCAAUCAGUUAGUGCCACAAUGGGCAAGUCAAGUGAAUUUCAGCAACAAUUAAAGCUCAAAAAUGAACAUGAUGAAAUAUUGGACAAAUUGAUUUUAGUAGAACAUGAACCAGUGUACACUAUAGGGAAAAGAACUAAGGAGUAUACCAUUGAGGAAAGACAAAGACUUGAAGCUUUAGGGGCAGAUUUCUACAAGACUAAUCGUGGGGGAUUGAUCACAUAUCACGGGCCAGGACAACUAGUGGCAUAUCCUAUUCUCAACCUGGCUAACUAUAAACGUAGUAUUAAUUGGUAUAUGUGCACAUUAACAAAAACGAUCAUAGGCACUUGUAGACAAUUUAACAUAGAGGCUUCCUCUUCAUCUGAUGUAGGAGUGUGGGUUGGGAACAAUAAGAUAUGUGCAAUGGGUGUACAUGCCAGUAGGUUCAUCACUAUGCAUGGAAUUGCCUUGAAUUGCAACACUGACAUGACAUGGUUUAAUCAUAUUGUACCAUGUGGCCUUGUUGGUAAGGGGGUGACAUCUAUCAGUCAGGAACUGAAUCAAAAUGUGACAAUUGAGGAUGCAGAAGGUCCUUUCCUGAAAUCCUUUUCAGACUCUUUUAAAUGUGAGAUUGUUGAAAUGUAA